GCGUCGCAGCUUCCAGCUUUUCUCGCUCCACCGUCACGCUCGCGCAUCACUCCUUGACAGCAGCAGCAGCGAUGGCGGAGCCCGUAGCAUCGGAUCAUGCGGCGGCCGAGACGAGCGAAACUCCUGCGGCGGCUUCAACCAAAGCGGGCCUGUCUCCCGCCGCCAGCCCGAGUUCGGAGGCUCCAUCCAUGGCUCUGUCUCCCACCGUGGACGGCUCCCAGCGCUUGCUGUUCUCCCACGACCUGGUCUCGGGGCGGUAUCGUAGCUCAGUCCGGUUCGGCCUCGUGCGGAUGAUCCACGGAGAGGAGGAUUUCAACUCGGACUCGGACCUCGACGACGGCGGCGGUGGCCUGGACGGGGGAGGCGGCGGCGGCGGCGGCCGUGUCCCCGGCGGCUCGGACACUGAGAGCGCGGCGGACCCUCCGAGUCGCCCCCUCGGUAGGGGGUUCGUCCGUGUGCAGUGGUACCCCGAAGGAGCCAAGCAGGACAUCAGGGAGACAAAGCUGAAACUGGAGGAUCGGUCACUCGUCAUCAGAGACAUCGUGAGGCGGAAUAAUUCCAAUGACAACCAGUGCGGCAUCGUGACCAACAUCGACAUCGAGUGUGCGGUCAAACUGGUGGGCACGAGCUGCAUCCUGUAUCCAGUCAACAGCAAAGAGCUGCAGCACAUCUGGUCCUUCAUGUAUGGCGACUACAUUGACUUUGACUUCUGGUUGGGGAAAGUCUACGAUUUGACCAAUCACAUCAUCCUCAAGCUUUCCAACGGAGCCAGGUGCUCCAUGAGUAUGGAGGACGGCGCCAAGCUUUACGACGUGUGUCCACAUGUCAGUGACUCGGGUUUGUUCUUCGACGAGGCGUACGGCUUUUACCCGGGUCAGGUGCUGAUCGGCCCCGCCAAAGUCUUCUCUAACGUCCAGUGGCUAUCGGGAGUCAAGCCUGUCCUCAGCAGGAAGUGCAAGUUCAGGGUUGUUGUUGAAGAGGUGAAGGUGGUGGAGUUGAAAGUGACUUGGAUUACAAAGAGCUACUCCCCCAAAGGCUCUGACAGUGUGUAUCCUCCCCCCUCCACCAUCACACAGGAGCAUCUGUGGAGGGUGAGGCGACUGGGCUACUACGACCACACCCAGAGGCAGUUGGGGGAGAGGGCGCUCUACGUCUUCCCUGCCAAGGGAGACGCCACGCGCAUCACCUGCGAAGGACCCGAGGGGGCUUCCGUUCUGCCCGAGGAUCCUGUUGCCCGAAAGCUGAAAUGGAUCUUCAAAAAGGAUUCUGGAAAGAAGAGUGAAAACGCGGAGUCACAAGGUGAGCACAAAUCCGAGGCGGCGGAAACGCAGCACCCGAACAACAACAACGGGCCCGUGGCGCCGCUCCAGAACCAGCUGGACCCUCAAAACACGAACAACGCGGCGAGCGAACACGUGGAGCAGGAUGCCGACGACGAGGCUGCAGAGGACACGGACGACACCAGCUCGCUGACAUCAUCGGCGAGCUCCACCGCCUCCUCGCAAAGCGGCGGUCUGGGUACCAACCGCAAAAAGAGCAUCCCGCUCUCCAUCCGCAAUUUGAAGAGGAAACACAAGAAGAAGAGGACCAAGUUCUCUCGGGAGUUUAAGCCAGGAGACCGGGUGGCGGUGGAGGUUGUGUCCACAAAGACCACGGCUGACGUGAUGUGGAAGGACGGGCGGGUGGAGAAGGGGAUCCGAUCCAACGACCUCAUUCCCAUCCAGCACCUGGACAGCCACGAGUUCUGCCCCGGAGACUUCGUGGUGGACAAACGGCCUCAGGCCCUGCAGGACCCCGGGGUGUACGGCGUGAUCCAGUCAGGCGACCACCGGGGCAGAACGUGUGUGGUGAAGUGGAUCAAACUCUGCUCCACCGGUGAUGAUGUGGAGGUGUUGGGUGUGGAGGAGGACGUCAGCGUGUACGACAUCGCAGAUCAUCCCGAUUUCCACUUUCGCACAACGGACAUUGUGAUCCGGAUAUGGAACUCUGAGAACAGACAGAGCGACUGUGAAAAUCAGACGUCGGUUGGACAGGUGUCACGGGUGGAUGGGAGCAGCAAAGUGGAGGUUGUGUGGGCAGACAACUCAAAGACCAUAGUGCUGCCGCAGCAUCUGUACAACGUGGAGUCUGAGAUCGAGGAGACGGACUACGACUCGGUGGAGGAGACCAGCAGCGUUCUCUCCACGGAGGAGUGGGAGGACGAGAGCGACAGCUGGGAGACGGACAACGGUCUGACCACCGAGGACACCAACAAUGCCGACACAGCCGACACCGCCACCCCCACCCCUACUCCAACAGGCUCCGCGACAUUCAUCAUCCCCCCGCAGGAGAGCAGCAAAGCCAGCGUCACCAGCCCCAGUAAAGGAGCUCCUGGAGAGGAGGACGGAUCUGGAGCCAGCCCAGCUUCUGGAGGAGGAACCACUCCAGGGGGAGCCGUCAACGGAGCAGAGAAGCCCGGCAAAGAUGGCUCCUCUCGAGGCUUCAGAGAGUUAAAAGAGGCUCUGAAGAUCCUGGAAAGCCUGAAGAACAUGACUGUGGAGCAGCUGUGGACUGGCGGCUCGCCAACCUCCCCAACCUCUGCUGAACCUGCCACCACGGCUCACGUACCGAGUUCUGUGACGCCGGCAGCCCCAGAGAAACCCACCAAGGAGAAGCGCUUCCUGGACGACAUCAAGAAGCUGCAGGAGAACCUGAGGAAGACGCUGGACAACGUGGCCAUCGUGGAGGAAGAGAAGAUGGAAGCUGUGGUGGAGGCAGUCGGAGGGGCCGAGGCAGAAAGAGGCGGCGAGGAAAAGCCGCAGCAGGAGCUGCAGACGCCGGGCGGAGGACAGGAAUGGCCCAGCGAGUUCCUCAGCGACACGCCUGUGCUGUGCCAGCAGAGCGGAGGGAAGCCGGGCGUCACCUUCACCAGCGCCAAGGGGGAGGUGUUCUCAGUGCUGGAGUGGGCUCCAGAAACGCACUCCUUCAAGAAGAUGGAGUUCCAGCCGGCGGAGGCGAAGAAGUUUUUCAGCACUGUGAGGAAGGAAAUGGCUCUGCUGGCGACGUCGCUGCCAGACGGCAUCAUGGUCAAAACCUUUGAGGACCGCAUGGACCUGUUUUCAGCUCUGAUCAAAGGGCCGACCCGGACGCCGUACGAGGACGGCGUCUUCCUGUUCGACAUCCAGCUGCCCAACAUCUACCCCGCUGUGCCGCCCCUUUUCCAGUACCUGUCCCAGUGCAGCGGGCGCCUCAACCCCAACCUCUACGACAACGGCAAGGUCUGCGUCAGCCUGCUCGGCACCUGGAUCGGCAAGGGCACAGAGAGGUGGACCAGCAAGUCCAGCCUGCUGCAGGUCCUCAUCUCCAUACAAGGCCUCAUUCUGGUCAACGAGCCGUACUACAACGAGGCCGGCUUCGACAGCGACCGAGGUCUGCAGGAGGGCUACGAGAACAGCCGCUGCUACAACGAGAUGGCUCUGAUCAAGAUGGUUCAGUCCAUGACGCAGCUCCUCCAGAACCCCGUGGAGGUCUUCAGGCAGGAGAUCCGGGACCACUUUGUGUCCAGCGGCUGGCGGCUGGUGCACCGCCUGGAGGCGUGGCUUGAGCUGAACGAGGCUGCGGAGAGGAGCCACUCGUCCUGCAGGAGUCACCACUUUAGGGACAGAGCUUCAUCCGUGGAGGAGCAGCUGCCCGCGGGGUCCGUCCCCGUGGCCCACAGCAGCCCCAGCAAGCUCGGGGGGGAGGCGCUGUCUGGCGCCGGCGUGAGCAGCAUCAUAGAGGAGGAGCUGGAGGACUCGUGGCAGAGUUCCUGCCCCGCGGCUCAGCAGGAGCUCAGCCACACCUCGGACUACGAAAGCACCCAGGGGAGCAGCUACCUGUCUGCGGACAGCAAGGCGGCGGUCCGGAGCGGCGCCUCGGAGGCGGGCUCGGGCCCCGCUGGGGGAGUGGCGUCUGCAGGAAGCCAGCCGACGGUGCGACCAAAGAAACGGAGGAAGAGCUACCGGAGUUUCCUCCCCGAGGGCAGCGGUUACCCCGACAUCGGCUUCCCGCUCUUCCCGCUCUCUAAGGGGUUUGUGAAGAGCGUGCGGGGGGUGCUGCUGCAGUACCGCGCUGCGCUGGCCGCCGCCGGCUUCCCCGAGAACGCAGAGGACAAUGACCCCUCCGACGACUGUGACUGAUAAACGGGGGUCGCUGGACCUCCAACUUGGACCUGCCGGAACCAAGACGGGCUUCGGGAGCUGCUCUGGAGUGACUGGAAGAUCCCGUACCAUGAGCCUCCCCCCUCCAUGUCUGAGCAAGCUUCAGCCUCCUCCACCCUGCGAGCAGGGGUCCCACGCCGAUCUGUAGCACCGCCCACGUUCCUUCUGCUCCCCCGGCAGCUGGACGGGGCGGCCAGGAGGACUCUUUUUCAUGAAUCCGCUGGUAUUUUUCUGCCUGAAAACAGAGUUUCUAAUGAGAUCAGGCUGAAUGUGAGUAAAAUUGCCAACCGCAGCGGCGCCGCCACUUCUUCCACUCUCCAUUUGCACUGACGUUUACAGAUCACCUCAGGAGGGCGGGACUUUUGACGGCGGCUCCGCAGGAAGCGGCUGGUGUCUCUUCAUGGGACUUUUAGGCCGUUUCAGGUUUUCAGUGCUGGUUUUGACAGUGAAGCUUUGCAUCACCUGGAGCUGAGCCCUCAUCACUGUACCACCACCACAGCAUCCAUUCCAUCAUGUCAACAUGUUGCCUUACUUGAAUUGUUCUUGAUCUCAGAUCUUUGAGCUCGCGUCGUGCUUUCUAUCAUCCUCCUCCUCCUCCUCCGCUCUCGCUGCGACCCCGUGUAUCCGGAUGUGGGGCAGCGGCGUCGGCGCAACGCCAAAGCUUCGCUCCGAUUCGAACAUCCCGCAGAACUGGAAGAAAUGACUCGAGUUACAGCACAAAGGCACAAGUUUAGCUCUUGUUUUCUGCAUGAAAAUGGACUAAAUCAGGGUUUUUAUUUGCCGCCCUGCAGUGGAGUCGUUGCUUUGCUGCAGAUCGUGUUGCAGGACUCUCGCUCGGGUGCUUCCUGGUGAAUCUUCUGUUGGUUUUUUUUCUUCUUUUAACGUCUCUUUGAACGGCUCACCUUAGGACAUUUGCUUGGACGCCCGAUCCGGCUGCAGCGCCCGCGUUGAGCUGAGGUCAGCAGCUGCCUGGUGUUUUACUUGAACUUUGAUGCUGAGGAGUGUUGGUGUGCGACAGGACGCCGUGCCAUUAAGAACCUCAGCGUGAGGAGAAGACGAACAUGAGCCAAAGGCUGCUGCUUCAGACAGACUUAGAAAUAAUGAAGGGUAUGCGUGUGUUUUUGGGUUUCCCCUGCAUUUUGUCUUCCAUAUUCCAAACGCCGCUCCUGGGAUUCUGGGAAAAUGCGGUGAAGGUGUUUCUGCAACAUUUCUUUCGUUUUUUUUUUUUUAAUCUCCUCUUCGCUUUUCUCCAUCCCCUGAAAACGUGGGAACUGCCGCUUCCCCGCUCUUCCUCCGCCUCCUUUACUCCACACAGCAAAACGUGAAGCUCCGGAAAUCAACCCCACAUGUACAAAUGUCUGUGUGUAUAUUCUGCAGAUGGAAACCAUUCUUCUGAUUCUUCUUACUGCAAGCAGUUUGUUUUACAGCCAAAGCAUGUAACAUGUCGCUUUAAGCCUCUUGGAUGGGCUCCACACAAGACUUGACUGUAUGAUGUCUACAUUUCCACAGUGGCCUGUUAUUGAUAUGAGAUUAAAAAAUAAAGUUAACAUUUGUAGCCUGGUUCCCUCUGUAUCAUAAUGGCGUAUAUGAAGACAGACAGUAUAUAUAUAUAUUAACACAAACCUGAGUUCUAAGAAAUCACAUGAAUGCUUGAGGCACAUAUGUACAAACCUGGGUGUACUGUACUUCUAAAUUUACUUUUUUAAGAGUUUUGUUGCUUCAAAAUAAUUGUAUAGUGAUGUAUUAAACUUUGCAAGCAGUAUCA